AUGUCAGCUAUAAGUUUGCUGAACUCAAUCGAAACAUCAUCAACUAAACGAUUCGGUGCAAGUCUUGGUGCUCUUUCGUCCGGUCGUGUUGGUAUAAGUAGUCUAGCUAUUGGCUUGUUAAUUAAAUCUAUAACAAUUGCUGUUCGAUAUUCAUGUGUUAGAAAACAAUUUGGGCCAUCACCUGGCACAGAAUAUCCAGUGAUUGAAUAUCAAACACAGAACUGGCGUUUGGUUCCAAUAGUUGCAUCCCUUUAUAUUUAUCGAAAUUUAGCAUUAUCAGUAUUUGAUAAUUUAAUUCAUUUCUAUAUACUAUCGAUGUCAUCGAAUGAAGAUGAUCGAGAUUUACUAGCCUAUAUGGGUAGAGAAAUUCAUGCUCUAUCAUGUACAGCUAAAGCAAUAUGUAGUUGGAAUACACAAAAAGCAAGUCAAGAAUGCCGAGAAGCAUGUGGCGGUCAUGGCUAUUUAUAUGCUAGUGGUUUUGGUAUCAUACGAGAUGAUAAUGAUCCAUCAUGCACAUUUGAAGGAGAUAAUAAUGUUUUAUUACAACAAGGUUCAAAUUAUAUUCUAUCGAAUUAUGAAGAUUUAUAUAAGAAUAAUGUAUCAAUUAAUAGUCCAUUCCAUAGUGCAGGUUUUCUAGAAAAUAUGAAAACUAUUCUUCAAAAUAAUCAAUGUUCAAUUACAUCAGAGUGUCAUCUAAAAGAUUUACUUAAUGCUUUUGAUUGGCUAUUAUGUUAUAUUGUUGAUAAAUCCGCUCGAAAGUUGGAACGAUUGACACUUACGAAAACUUCAUCAUCUUUUGAUUCAAAAAAUAAUGCUCAAGUUUAUCAUCUUCGAACAUUAUCAAUAAUUUAUAUUCAACAUACAGCUAUAACUCGUUUUGCACAAUUUCUUGAAACAAACAAUGACAUGGAUGACAAAUGUAGAGUAGUUCUUGAAAAACUAUUAACCGUACAUACAUUGAAACUAUUUGAAGAACAUAUAGGACUUUUGUUUGAAGGAAAUUAUAUUAAAAAUGGUCAAGUUAAUCAAUGGAUGCAAACACGUUUAAUAGAUUUAUGUGAUGAAUUACGUAAUGAAGUUCUAACAUUAGUUGAUGUAUUUGCACCACCCGAUCAUAUACUUAAUUCAGUAUUGGGGAAUAAUGAUGGACAAGUCUAUGAAGCUAUCAAUAAAAUGAUUCAUAGCAAUAAACAAACAUUUGUGACACCAUCAUGGUUAAAAAGAGAUUUGAUCGAAAGAAGUAAACUUUAG